AUGGUAAUGCAGUUUCCGGAGUUAGAAAAUCCAGGUCAAAUUAGUCCUUGUCACAGCUGCACGUCGUUGGGAUUUGCCAUGGAAAUCAUGAGCAUGAAGCCUGCUAAAGGUGUACUAACAGAACAAGCAGCAGGUCCUCUGGGACAGAAUCUAGAGGUGGAACCAUACUCACAAUACAACAACAUUCAGUUUCCCCAAGUUCAACCACAGAUUUCCUCAUCUUCCUAUUAUUCCAACCUGGGUUUCUAUCCCCAGCAGCCUGAAGAAUGGUACUCUCCUGGAAUAUAUGAACUCAGGCGAAUGCCUGCUGAGACUCUCUACCAGGGAGAGACUGAGGUAGUGGAGAUUCCUGUGACAAAGAAGCCCCGACUGGGUGCAUCAGCAGGGAGAAUAAAAGGGGAUGAGCUAUGUGUUGUUUGUGGAGACAGAGCAUCCGGUUACCACUAUAAUGCACUGACCUGUGAGGGGUGCAAAGGUUUCUUCAGGAGAAGCAUUACCAAAAAUGCCGUGUACAAGUGUAAAAACGGGGGCAACUGUGUGAUGGACAUGUACAUGCGAAGGAAGUGCCAAGAGUGUCGACUAAGGAAAUGCAAAGAGAUGGGAAUGUUGGCUGAAUGUAUGUAUACAGGCUUGUUAACUGACAUUCAGUGUAAAUCUAAAAGACUGAGGAAAAACGUGAAGCAGCACGCGGAUCAGACCAUUAAUGAAGACAGUGAAGGACGUGACUUGCGACAAGUGACCUCGACAACUAAGUCAUGCAGGGAGAAAACUGAACUCACCCCAGAUCAACAGAAUCUUCUUCAUUAUAUUAUGGAUUCAUACAGCAAGCAGAGGAUGCCUCAGGAAAUAACAAAUAAAAUUUUAAAAGAAGAAUUCAGUGCAGAAGAAAAUUUUCUCAUUUUAACUGAAAUGGCUACCAGUCAUGUACAGAUUCUCGUAGAAUUCACAAAAAAACUUCCAGGGUUUCAGACAUUGGACCAUGAAGAUCAGAUUGCUUUGCUGAAAGGGUCUGCAGUUGAAGCUAUGUUUCUCCGUUCAGCUGAGAUUUUCAGUAAGAAACUUCCAGCUGGACAUGCUGACCUAUUGGAAGAGAGAAUUCGAAAGAGCGGUAUCUCUGAUGAAUAUAUAACGCCUAUGUUUAGUUUUUAUAAAAGUGUUGCAGAAUUGAAAAUGACUCAAGAAGAGUAUGCUCUGCUUACAGCAAUUGUUAUUCUCUCUCCAGACAGACAAUACAUAAAGGACAGAGAGGCAGUAGAGAAGCUUCAGGAACCACUGCUUGAUGUGCUACAAAAGUUGUGUAAGAUUCAUCAGCCUGAAAAUCCUCAACAUUUUGCCUGUCUUCUGGGUCGCCUGACUGAGUUGCGGACAUUCAACCAUCACCACGCAGAGAUGCUUAUGUCAUGGAGAGUGAAUGACCACAAGUUUACCCCGCUUCUCUGUGAAAUCUGGGAUGUGCAGUGAUGGGCAUUUCAGGGGCAGGGUCUAGCUCUUCAUUUUCCUCAUAAUAUAAAUCCUAUAUAUAA